AUGUCGGUUGUAACAAAGCGAUCGCAUUCUCCUUCCAACCUCUAUACGCUUCUUCUCUCUGCCGUCACUUCACUGUCCUCGGCCUCUGCCCUCUCGUCCGCGAUCACAAGCCCAAGCCCAGCCCCUCACUCAUUCCUGUUACUCGUCAUCGUACAUCAGGUUGUUUGCCCUAACCUACCACGACAACAUGCUCUUCACGACAAACCAGCAAACACAACGCUGCAACCGCCAGCUGCGUAUACAGAAAUGCUAACAUUCUCGCCAGAACCCUUUUGCCUACCUCGCGACUACCGCACAGGCAACGACAGUGACGGCGAGGAGAAGCCCGUCGUUCCUGUUAAGACCGUUGACAAGAACACUGCUCGCACUACUAAGCGCAAUGUCGAGCCCCAAGCUCCUGUAAAGGCCGCUGGUGCUGGAGGAAACCGCCGUGGCCCCGGUGGUAACGAGGGUGCUUUCCAGGACCGUGCUACUGGUAGCCGACGCAACCAGGGCCGAUCCACUGAGGAGACUCCCCGUGAUGGUCCCCGAGGCGGUGCUGGUGCCCGUGUUCGUGGUGGACGUGGCGCUAGACGCGCCCACGAGCGCGAUGACCGACACACCUCCAAGUUCGGUGGCCACGGUGGCUCCGACAAGCAGGCUGCCCAGUCCUGGGGUGCUAACGAAGGCCAGGCUGAGCUUAAGGACGAGCAGGCCGGCGAGGCUAUCGCUAAGGACGAGCAGAAGGACGCCGCUGCUGAGGAAGCCGCUGCCGCUGAGGCUGCCGCCGAGGAGGAGGCCGAGAAGCAAGUCUCCUACGAAGAAUACCUCACCCAGCAGGCUGAGAAGAAGGCCGCUCUCGAGUCUGGCCUCAAGGUCCGUGAGGCCAACGAGGGCAGCAAGCUCGACAAGAAGUGGGCCAACGCCAAGCCCCUCGAGAACGAGGAGGAGGAGUACUUUGCCGCCUCCGGAGGCAAGGCCCAGCGCCAGCGAGAGCGCAAGGUCAAGCAGACCGUUGACUUCGACCCCCGUUUCGUCGAGCCCGAGCGCACCCGAGGUGGUGCCCGCGGAGGCCGUGGCGGCCGUGGUGGCCGAGGUGGAGAGCGUGGUGGUGACCGUGGCCGUGGAGGUAACCGCGGCGGUCGCGGCGGCGCUCCUCAGGGAGCUGCUAAGGGCAAUGCUGCUAUCAACACCAACGACCAGUCUGCUUUCCCCAGCCUCGGCGGCAACUAG